UCUGUCUGAUGCAACAGGAUAGCAUUUCAUUUUCAUCAGAUUAUAACUCUACCUAAAGUAUGCAUUUCCUCUGGUUUCUGAGCUUGCUGUUCAGCUCUGGAGUAUCAGAGAACUUGACCAAGAUAGCAGUGGAGUUUGGACAAAAUGUGACUCUAUAUUGUUCUCAUACUGAAGAGAUUUAUUGGUUCAUACAACGCCAGUCUGAGCCUCCUGUGAACAUAAUACGCUCGUUUGGGAAGACUAGUACAUCUGUGUACAACCAGCAACACAAGGAAUUCAGAGAGAAAUACUCACAACAGACAUUUGGUACGCUAGUUAUACGCAAUGUGACCAGAACUGAGCUUGGAUCAUACUAUUGUGCCAUACGAGAGAACCAUAUUAAAUUCAGCAAUGGGACCAUGCUCAUGAUAACAGAGGAGCGUCACUCUCCAGACAAUUUCACGAGGAUAGAUCCUCAGCAACCUCAGCAAUGUCCACAGGACUCUCUAAAAUCAUGGAUGUGUUUUACUGUUGUUGUAUCGUGUCUUCUCAACUGUAUCUUCAUCGCUCUACUGUCAGUGUUGGCGGUCAAGAGAUGUUCGACUCAGAAGAAGAAGAGCACAAGUGUGGAGCCGCCUCAGGACUCUGACUCUCUUCACUAUUCUGCUAUAGUGCUGCCCUCACGGCCAAGAGCAUCUCAACCCAGAAACAUCAUCAGCAAUUCCGCAUCUCAGCCCAGUAACAUCAACAGCACUUACUCUGAACUCCAGAUUCAGCCUCCGGUCAGACUGGCACCUGGCAAAAAUUAAAUAUGUUAAACACAAUGUUACAGAUGAUAUCACAUUAUAUCACA